AAAAUUUAGCAGCUGGCUGCCGCUGCCAAGUCAAAAGUCAAGUUUCCUUCCCGCACCCGCAGUUCCCGCUGUUUUUGAUUAAUUUUCAUUUUUAGAGGUUCUGAUUUUGAUUUCAUUGCAAAUAUGUGGUAUGGUAGUGAUUUCGGAAAUACAACCGGUGGUGGCUUCUUGAAUAAUACAAAUACACAAGCUGAUACCCCAGCCAAAAAAGAAGGAGUACGACGACUACAAAGCAUUGUUCCAGUUGUAGUUCGGCAGAUCAGAGACAGUCCAGGAGAUGAGUUCAAGUUAUUUGGCAUGAGUACACAGAUAUUGCAUGUCUGUGGUAUCCUUCGUCACUUUGAAGUGCUCUCUACUAAAGCUACCUACACCAUUGAGGACCACACUGGAGAAAUCAAAGCCAUAUGGUGGCUUGAAAAUGAUGAGGAUAACACCCCAAAUUUACCUAAUGUCAAGGAAGGCAGCUAUGUUCAGGUUUUUGGGUCACUUAGAAAUCAGGAUGGGGACAAAAUUCUCAUGGUUUUGAGGAUGUUUCCUGUGGAUGAUGCUAAUGUGAUCACCAAUCAUCUUUUGCAAGUUAUCCACACAAGAUUGGCUGCUGAAUCAAUGAUGAAAAAUUCUGAGUCUACUAUAAAAGCAAACAACCCUGGUGCAGAAUUAGCAAAUUCAAUGAGUUUUAUGAAUGAUAACCCUACUGAUUCUGGAAUGGGAGGUCUUACAACUCUGCAGGAAAAGGUCUACAAGAUUCUACAGACUAAUAAAACUCAGCAAGGAAUGGACAGAGCAACCCUGCUGAGUAAUUUUAAUGCUAACCAACAUCGCCAAGUCAAUGAGGCUCUGGAGUUCCUGAACAAUGAAGGCCAUGCAUAUUCUACAGUUGAUAAUGAUCAUUUCAAAGUUACUGAUGCUUAGGGAACAUAUUCAGUGUUUUCAAUCUUUUUUUUUAAGGCCAAAAAAUGUAUUAUGUAUAUGAAAGAUGUAGUAUAAUAGGUAUUUUUUCAUUUGUCACAUUUGGUAUGAUGUUAUUCAUACUACAUUAUUUGUAAGAUUGUUUAUAGAAUAAAUGGAUAUUUUUAUAAAACUUUUCUGAAAGUUCAA